ACAAAUCAUCCGCAAAACAAUCAGACUCAGACAACCAAACAUCCAAGCCUUCAUACAGUGUCAUAAUGGGCAGCCAACUCUCACUUUACUUUCCUCCGCCGCCCGUCUUCACCGAAAAAUCACUUCCAGACCUCUCAUCGAAAACAUACAUUGUUACUGGUGCCUCAGCAGGUGUCGGGAAGGAGCUUGCAAGGCUUCUGUACAGUCGUAAUGGAAAUGUCUACUUAGCCACAAGGUCAACUGAGAAGACAAAUGCUGCCAUGUCUUGGAUCAAAGAACGUCAUCCAGAUUCAAAGGGCAAUCUUCAUUUCCUAAAGUUGGAUUUGAAUGACCUAGGGAGCAUUAAGCCAGCUGCCGAAGAGUUUUUGACUAAAGAAAAGAGGCUCGAUGUUCUCUUCAACAAUGCCGGUGUUAUGACACCACCUCAAGGCAGCCAAACGAAACAGGGGUACGAAUUGCAGCUGGGGACAAACUGUCUAGGACCAUUUCUAUUCACAAAGCUACUCACUCCAUUGCUUGCUGAGACAGCUAAGUCGAGUCCGGCUGGAGACGUGAGAGUGGUCUGGGCUUCCUCAAUCGUCGCAAAUAUGUUCGCGCCACCAGGAGGAGUUGACAUGCAGAAUUUGGAUUACAAGAAGGACAAGUCGGCACAACACAAGUACGCGGUUAGUAAAGGUGGCAAUUCGUUGUACGCCAUUGAGUAUCAAAGACGGUUCCGAGAUGAAGGUAUUGUAAGCUCUUCAUUCAACCCAGGAAAUCUCAAAUCCGAAUUACAGCGAAACACGGGCUUUUUCAUGGGGUUGAUAAUGAAACCGAUCCUUCAUGAGCCCGUGUACGGCGCCUACACAGAGUUAUUUGCGGGACUAUCACCUGAUGGAGCAAAGCUCAAGGAAGGGCAAUGGAUCGCUCCUUGGGGGAGAAUCGUGGAUCUCAGGAAAGAUUACGUGACUGACGGCAAAGCCGGAGAGUUUUGGAAGUGGAGUGAGGAGCAGGUUAAGAGUUACGUCUAGAACUUUCGGAGAUGGUGCGCCAAGGUGAAUAAGAGCAUGGAUGACAAGAAUGGUAGAGGCUGUGACAUCAGUAGUUGUCAUUCUUUUCGGAGUGAUGUUCAAGAUCAGAAUAUGGGAUCAUACUUGCGACAUAAUUCGGCGGACCGUGCCUCCGUAGCUUACAGUUCUCGAUUAUAUCGUCGUUCAACCUAAUCAACAGCCUUUUAUAGUAU